CGAGUGCCGUCUUGAACAUUCUCUCUGACUACUAUAAAGAAAAAAGGAAGUAGGGAGAGCUGCGAGGAUCUUUUUCGUUUCUCUCUUUCCCACGCCAUUAUAUAAAAGAAAGGAAAGCUCAUCGGUUUCUCAGAUCCACUUCUUCUUUUGGUUGAUCUCUAGGGUUUUCUCAUCGCUUGUUUGUGUCGGUUGCCCCUUGUGUAGGUCUUUGUGUCUCUGAGACAUGGCUUCGAAGAGGAUUUUGAAAGAGCUCAAGGAUUUACAGAAGGAUCCUCCUUCUAACUGUAGCGCAGGUCCUGUGGCUGAGGACAUGUUCCAUUGGCAAGCAACUAUCAUGGGACCUCCUGACAGUCCUUAUGCUGGAGGAGUCUUUUUGGUCUCCAUUCACUUCCCUCCGGAUUACCCUUUCAAGCCACCUAAGGUGUCUUUUAAGACGAGGGUGUACCAUCCCAACAUCAACAGCAACGGAAGCAUUUGCCUUGAUAUCCUGAAAGAACAGUGGAGUCCUGCUCUUACCGUAUCCAAGGUAUUGCUGUCGAUUUGCUCAUUGCUGACAGACCCGAACCCAGAUGAUCCUCUUGUGCCAGAGAUUGCCCAUAUGUACAAGACGGAUAAGACCAAGUACGAGUCAACUGCACGAAGCUGGACACAGAAGUACGCCAUGUGGUGAUUGAUGAAGACCUAAAAGUGGUGGUCCAAUCAUUAAAAUAAAAACUGCAUUUGUUGGGUUUAUUUAGUAAAACGCUAUUAUUGUGUGAUCAUCAUAAUCGAGCAACUUUAUAUGCUUGAUCUCUCUUAAUCUUGUCUGCUGAUCUCAUUAUCAUCAUUCACCUAUUUUACGGUUUUCUCUCGA